GCGACAGAGACAAGGAGGUAUUCCAACUGGGCGCUUCGAAAAAAAAAAAAAAAAAAAAAAGAACGUUGUUUUUAUUCACCAACAACCACAAGAGACACAAGACAACACACACACGAGAAAUAGAAAAGACCCAACAACCGGCCAGCACUGAAGCGGCUACAGGUUGAAAUUUGGUUUUUGCCAUUUCGCCCCGUCCAAUCCCCUCUCCUUAUCGCUGUGAUCAUGAAGUUCUUGUGGACUUCCCUUUGUGCGGUCCUCCUCGCUUCCGUUGCGGUGGAUGCGCAGAUUAACCAAAUUCGCAACGCUCAAAACGCAGCUGCCAAUAACGCAGCACGUCGACCUGUCGAAGCGAAUGUCACACCAGCACCGACGAUCGUCGAUGACGAUAGCUUCGAAAAGGAAUUAUGCAAAGCCAAAGAAGCUGGCGAAUGGUUCCGUCUGCAGGCCGGCGAAGGCGACAACUGCCGUGAUGUCAUCCAAUGCACAUCUUCGGGAUUGCAAGCUAUCCGUUGCCCAGCCGGUCUCGCUUUCGAUAUCGAGAAGCAGACUUGCGACUGGAAAGAGCAGGUGAAGAACUGUCUCAUCAAGGAGAAGGUCCGCAAAGUCAAGCCCAUCUUGUCCACCGACGAGCCGCUUUGCCAAGAAGGCAUGUUGGCCUGCCACGACGGCACUUGCAUCGAGCGCAGCCUCUUCUGUAACGGCGUUCCCGACUGUACCGACGGAUCCGACGAAAACUCUUGCGAUUUGAGCAACGAUCCUAACCGAGCACCAGCUUGCGACCCGGCCGUCUGCUUGUUGCCAGACUGUUUCUGUUCCGAGACCGGCACUGAAGUGCCCGGCAAAUUGGAGUCGAAACAAGUGCCGCAGAUGAUCAUGGUGACUUUCGACGACGCCAUCAACAACAACAACAUCGACUUGUACAAGGAGAUGUUCAACGGACAGCGCAAGAACCCCAACGGAUGCGACAUCAAGGCCACUUUCUUCGUUUCCCACAAGUACUCCAACUACUCGGCCGUCCAGGAGAUCCACCGCAAGGGUCACGAGAUUGCUGCCCACUCCAUCACUCACAACGACGAAGAGACUUUCUGGUCGACGGCUUCCGUCGACGACUGGGCCAAGGAAAUGGCUGGCGCCCGUUUGAUCAUCGACAAAUUCGCCAACAUCACCGACAACUCGAUCGUCGGCAUGCGCGCUCCUUACCUGCGCGUCGGCGGCAACAACCAGUUCACGAUGAUGGAAGAGCAGGCUUUCCUCUACGACUCGACGAUCACGGCUCCCCUCCAGAACCCGCCUCUGUGGCCUUACACUUUGUAUUUCCGCAUGCCCCACCGCUGCCACGGCAACUUGCAAAAGUGCCCGACCCGCAGCCACGCCGUCUGGGAGUUGGUCAUGAACGAGUUGGACCGUCGCGAGGACCCGACUUUCGACGAGGACCUGCCCGGCUGCGCCAUGAUUGACUCUUGCUCCAACAUUUUGUCCGGCGAGCAGUUCUACGCCUUCCUCAACCACAACUUUGACCGCCAUUACACUCAGAACCGCGCUCCGCUCGGCCUCUUCUUCCACGCCGCCUGGCUCAAGAACAACCCCGAAUUCAUGGAUGCCUUCCUCUUCUGGAUGGACGAGAUCUUGGCCAAGCACACUGACGUUUACUUCGUCACAAUGACGCAGGUGAUCCAGUGGAUCCAGAACCCUCAGACCAGCACCGAAGUCAAGAGCUUCGAGCCCUGGAAGGAGAAAUGCUCGCCCGUCGGACCGGCCGCUUGCGCCGUCCCCAACUCGUGCGCGCUCACCACCAAGGAACUGCCCGGUGAGACGCUCAGACUGCACACUUGCAAUCGUUGCCCACCCAAUUACCCAUGGCUCAACGAUCCUUCUGGUGAUGGGUUCUUUUAAAAUGAUUGAUUGAUUUUUUUUUUUUUUUUUUUUUGCGUUUGAAAAAGAACAAACAAUAAUGAAAGAAGAAGAUUUCUUUUUUUGUUUUUUUAAUGGAAUGAUUUCUCGAUCAACAUCACAUUUUACAAAAUAGCAAAUAAAAAAAAUAGCCUCGAUUGACGAUGACCAGAGGCGGCACUGUACACUUGAAAAUUGUUAAGACGAAGACGAAACAAAAAAUGAGAGAUUAAAAAAUACAAUUUUAAAAAAUUUAA